AUGUCACUCUCGAAUGAUAGCAGUCAAACCAAGAUUUAUUGCAAUCGACGGCAGCUGCUCGAGGAGAAACGGCGCCAGCUCAGUAAAGACGUCGGAAGGAACGCUGCGUGUCUCCUGGAUGAGCUCGACAGCAGGGGCCUCAUCUCGCGGGGAGACUACAACGAAGCUAAACUGAUCGCGCGCGGUCAAGACUGCGUCGGCUUUCUGAUCGAGAUCUUCCUCGCCGCCGGCGAGAUGGCGUGCCAGAAGUUCCUGGACUCCCUUUACGCCGUGAAAGACAAGUACCAGCACAUGGAGGGGUUUUUCAACGAGCUUGACCAGCUGUCCAUCGUGGUCGUUGAGGGGACAUCUCUGAGGCACAUCCGGAAGAAGAAGCCUCGUCUCAAGGAGUGGAUCAGCAAGGACCCAGACUCUCUGCUGGAUAAGAUGCUCCACAAUAGGUUCAUAACAACCAUUGAGUUUGAGAGAAUCAAGGGAACGCCUGGCGCUUUAAAAUGCGCUGGCUCGCUCCUCGAUUUGGUUCUUGACGGCGGCGAGGAGAAGUGUGAACAACUCCUGUCCAUCCUUAGAGGCAUGCCAAUUUACCCGCGGGUUGAUCAGUGGCUACAAUGCCUUGAUGCGAAGUUGAAUUGUGAUGAGGAUUCGGUGAUUUCCAGCCAAGAUGAAAGCAACAAGAUCGUGGUGGUUCCAGGGAACGCUCUGCACGUGAUCCGUGGCAAGAAACCCGAGUUGAAGCGUUGGCUCAGCAGGAACCCAUCGCACUUUCUGGAUGAGCUGAACACAAAGACGUUCGUUUCAAAUGAGGUCCUCUCCAAAGCCAAGAAGAAUCCCCAACAGUUGGAGGGCGUGUGUUUGCUGCUCGACUACUUCAUUGACGGAGGCGAGCGAAAGUGUCAGAAGCUGCUGGAAACGCUCCAAGACCUCAAGGAACAAUAUCCAGAAAUAAAGCACUGGCUUCACCGCCUUGAGGACGAGGCACAGAUUGUGGUUGUGGAGGAGGACAUCGAAGAGCAGAUCUCUCGCAACCGGGACAACCUCAUCCAGUGGAUCUCCAAAGACCCAACGUUCCUCCUGGACGAGAUGGACAGCAAGUGGUACAUCGAGCGGCGCGUCUACACCCAAGUCAGAGACAAGAGGGAUGGCUUAGAGUGUGCCAGCUUCCUGCUCGACCACUUCAUGUCCGGAGGACAGGGCUACCAGAAGCUGCUUGUGGCGCUGAGGGCCGUCCAGAGACACUACGACCCCAAGCUACGUACCUGGCUGGAUAAGCUAAAAUGUCCGGGUGCAACCGGUUCUCCAACUGUCCGUGAUAACCGCAUCGUGGUUGUUCCUGGCAACGCUCUUCACGUGAUCCGAGGCAAGAAACCCGAGUUGAAGCGUUGGCUCGGCAAGGACUCGUCGCCUCUGCUCAGAGAGCUGGAAAAGAAGCAACUCCUCUCCGCGGAGAUUCUCUCCAGAGCCCGGAGCAUUUCCUGCGAACUGGAGCGUGCGGGUUUCCUGCUCGACCACUUCAUCGACGGAGAGGAGAAGAAAUGCCAUCAGCUCCUGUGCACGCUGCAAGACCUCAGGAGCAGCUAUCCGGAGGUCAACGUUUGGCUUGAGACUCUGGCGAACGAAGCCCACAUCGUGGUGGUGGAGGAGGAGACGGAGGCGGCCGUCCAGGGCAACAAGGACGAACUCAAGGCGUGGAUCGCCCUGGACCCCUCGCUGCUGCUUGACGAGAUCGACAGCAAGUGGUACGCCCAGCGCUCGUUCUACAUCACGGCCAAGAACAUGGAGAGCAAGGACGAGUGCGCCGCCUACAUCCUCGACCAUUUCAUCGACGGGGAGGCGGGCUACCAGAAGCUGCUGGUGGCUCUGAGGGCCGUGCAAGACCACUACCCUCAGCAGUUGUGCGUGUGGCUGGACAACCUCGGUAGAUGUUGA